UUCGUACUACCGACUGGACCAUUUUGGCGUGCACCUUGCAAUGACGAGCCGAUUCCACAUACUUUCCCCAGUGCAAAUACGAACUACGUCUGAGAACAUCUUUGGCAUCGAGCCUCACAUUCAAUGUUUAUUCUGAGUAUAAUUUACUGCAGGGACGUGCAGGUCUACAGUAACACUCCGGGAAUUCUGUCAGCCAAUGAUCCAGUCCAUGUCAGCCACCAAGCUCAGCCAUACAAAAACUCGCUCUUUGCGUUCUCCGACCUUCAUCACCUUUGGUCCCCGACUUUCACUUGACUACCCCACAUUCGUUCAUAAUGCGCUCCUUUUUCACUCUCAGUCUCAUACUCCCAUCCGUGCUUGCAGUGCCUUUCAAAUUCCCCACCCACCACCAACAUUCAUCCUCCUGCGUCAUCGCAGGCGUCGCUUAUCCAAACCCUCGUCAUGCCCUCGUCCUCCUUGGCAAACGAGAACUUCGCCCACCCACUGGACUCACUGAGCGCGCUUUCACCGACUUCCUACUCUUAUGUCACAAGUCCAGCGGUCGUUCAUCCUCUGCACCCCUGCUCGCUCGUCAGCAAGGCAGCUACUUAUCCAACGCUCUCGGAGAUCCGGCAGAGAAUGACAGCAUGCUCGACACAACCACCCCAGGAGGCGCUCUUCCAGCGUCCGGUGAUCAGAAUGCCAGCUCUUUCGCUGCUACUAGUCCUUCGACAACUCCUGCGACUACUACUUCACCUGCCACCCCAUCUCCUUCAGAGACUCAUGGAAGUACUACAGCUGGUCCCACGUCGACCGGUACUCCCGCCGGCAGCGACUCGGACGCUCACGGAACUUCGGUCAACACUGCGGGAAGCCCUCCCUCUGGAAAUACACUGGCAACUGCCCCCACGGACUCGGAGAUGCCACUAGCACAGUCCGACUCAUCUGCGUUUGAUACACCAAUACCCCAAGGUAUGACAGCCGGCUCCUCCAGCCCUGUCAUGGACAGCAGCGUAUCCGACAGCUUUGGCGACGUGUCUGGCGGCAUGAGCGACGCGGUGGAUAGCUUUGACGACACACCGGUCAAUGAUACCGAGGGAGGGGAACCUGUCGCUAUGGAUGCUCAAGGCGGUGUCUAGGGAGAUGAGACUUGUGAUAGUCAUGUAUGGCUGAUUCUCUUGUCAAUAUUCAUGCAAAUAAACACGGUUCAACUAUGAUCAGAAGGUUCGUGAAGCUAUACUGCCACUUGGUCUCGCCAAUCUAUCCACUGCAUGUUUCCAAACUGCUAAAAUCGACAUCAAAGCAACGUAAAGAGAUUAAUUCAAUAUACAACAGUCCAUAACGUACUGAUAGGCUAAAUAUACAACUCGUAGGUAGUGUAGCGACAUUGUCCUGUCGAGUCCCUUGUGGAUAAAAAUAUGAUCAGUAAAAGUCCCGGACCAAGUCCACAUCUAUCCAGCACCCCUAAUUAAUCCAAAGAACAUGCAAGGCAUCUCACAUCCACGCAGCACCGAUAGCGACGGAAAUACCACCCACAAGCGGUGCCCAUGGAACAUCCCAACGGUGAGGGGCAGAAUUAGAUCCACCUCCCGUGCCCGCUGUCGCACUAGCUGAGACCGAACCAAUAGUAGCCGAA